AGUCCACCCGUUUGGUCCAAGCAACAGAGCGGACGGACUCAAACCCGAAGCGGCGGCGGCGGCGGCGCGGAAGGUGGGGACUGUGGAGCGAGCGCGCACCAUGGCGUUCUGGCAGGCGCGCGAUUUCCUCUUCUGCGGCGUGUGCGGCACCCUCCUUACCUUCGACACCGUCCGCUCCGCCUCCUGCCCUCUCUGCGGCUUCAAGCGCAAGGCCAAAGAGAUUGAAGGGAAGGAAACACGGUACACCAUCACCGCCGAGGAUAUUCGAAGGGAGUUAAAGAUUGAACCAUUUGUGAUUCUUGAAUCAGCACCAAAGGAAGACGGAUUUGUGCAAAGAGCUGUGGCAAAUGAAUCCUGUCCAAAGUGCUCCAAUCCUCAGCUGGAAUAUUACACUAAGCAGCUGCGUUCAGCAGACGAGGGACAGACGGUGUUCUACGAGUGUCCAGAGUGUAGGCACAAGUUUUCGGUCAACACCUGAGGAACUUUCCGAUCACUUUUACGAACAUGGCCCAAUUUUUUUUUCUUGCUUUGACUUGACGAAUGAUGUUAAAACAGUUGCAACCUUUUUGCCCGUAUCAAAUAUCAGUGCUACAUGGAUGAUCACAUCCCUGCUUUGUGGCUAACUCGAAA